AUGGUUUUGGGGGUGGUGGAAGUCUAUGCUGCUGGUGCUUGCUGCUUGUGCUGCUUGCUCCUCUUCAGAAUCUUCCUAGCUCUACCUUUGGUCCACCUCCAUCGUCUCAAGUUAUGGGCCUUUUUCAUUCCAGGUAAUUGUGAUCCAUUUGCGCAUCCAAAGCAGUACAAGAGAGUAUAUAUAUAUACAAAUGCAUCCACAUACAGAUCGGAAGACAAAAACAUUACAGACAAGCAUGAUGCAUCUGGUAUAUUGAUUAGUUUACACCCCUGUGGCCCAAGAUCGUUGAUCGAUAUUCCUUCAUCGAUCCCGCGAAUUUGUAGGUUCUUGCGGUGA